UCUCUAUGGCGGAUAUGGCCCGGAGGAGGGGGCGUGGCGGCGUGAGGUCACUUCCGGGAAGAGCUAAGAUGGCGAGCCGCGCGCUGCUGGUGGCCCGAGGAGGGCUGUACGGUGUCGUCGGCUUGCGUGGUUGUCGGUCUCGUCCGCUGCAAGGUGUUGUAGCAACGCUGUCUCUGCCUUAUUCAGCCUUCUAUGGGCAAACUUUCUUAGUGCGAAGUUUUGCAGUUGAAGCAAAGAAGAUAUAUGUACGGGACAAACCACAUGUCAACGUUGGGACGAUUGGGCACGUGGACCAUGGCAAGACCACAUUAACAGCAGCUAUCACUAAAAUUCUCUCUGAAGCUGGAGGUGCCCGAUUUAAGAAAUAUGAAGAAAUUGAUAAUGCACCAGAAGAGAAGACACGUGGUAUCACAAUCAAUGCCUCCCAUGUUGAAUAUUCAACAGCCAAUCGCCAUUAUGCCCACACAGAUUGCCCUGGGCAUGCUGAUUAUGUUAAGAACAUGAUUACAGGGACAGCACCACUGGAUGGCUGCAUCCUAGUGGUGGCAGCAACAGAUGGCCAGAUGCCACAGACAAGGGAGCACCUUCUGCUUGCUAAACAGAUAGGAGUGAAGCACGUUGUGGUGUACAUCAACAAAGCCGAUGCAGUUGAUGAUUCAGAGAUGUUGGAGUUGGUAGAGCUGGAGAUUCGUGAGCUUCUCACAGAAUUUGGCUACGAUGGGGAGAAGACUCCUGUUAUUAUAGGCUCUGCUCUGUGUGCUUUGGAGCAACGAAAUCCAGAGUUGGGCUUGAAUUCUGUCAUGAAGCUACUGGAUGCAGUAGAUACAUACAUCCCUCUGCCACAGCGUGAGCUUGACAAACCCUUCCUGCUUCCCAUAGAGCACGUUUACUCUAUACCAGGGCGGGGAACUGUGGUAACAGGUACUCUUGAACGUGGCAUUGUCAAGAAAGGAGAAGAAUGUGAAUUUUUGGGACAUAAUCGGAACGUGCGCUCUGUGGUGACUGGCGUAGAGAUGUUCCACAAACAACUGGAUCGGGCAGAGGCUGGUGACAAUUUGGGUGCUUUGGUGCGAGGGCUAAAGCGAGAGGAUAUCCGGCGUGGGAUGGUUAUGUGCAAGCCAGGUUCUAUCCAGCCACACCAGAAAGUUGAGGCUCAGGUUUAUGUCUUGAGUAAGGAGGAAGGGGGUCGUCACAAGCCUUUUGUGUCUAACUUCACGCCUGUCAUGUUUUCUCUGACCUGGGACAUGGCCUGUCGUAUAGAAUUGCCCACAGGGAAGGAAUUGGUGAUGCCAGGUGAGGACACCUCUCUUAUUCUGGUAUUACGGCAGCCCAUGGUGUUAGAGGAGGGACAGCGAUUCACACUGAGAGAUGGAAGCAAAACCAUUGGCACUGGUGUGGUUACAAAAACACUUCCCCUAGCUCCAGGUGAUGAAGAAAAGUGGGCAAAUUAAAGCGUGUUGUGUUUGUGGCAGUUUCCAUCAAUCUGCCAGGUGGACUUUCAAAGUUGAGAUUAAAAACUGUUGUGCAAAAUACUGCAGCUUUGUCAUGAACACCACUGCCCUUCUGAAAUGGGAUCUUUGCAAAUGGUCAGCAAUUCAGUGUUGCCACAAAGGAGAGAAGGCACUGCACGAUGUAAAAUGUGCUUCAUUUGGUGGGUGGGGUAGGAUUUAUUAAAUAAAAGUCUGUAAAGCUGA